AUGUCCUCCACACAACCCACCCACCGUCGCGCCGUCCGCCGAACAGACGACUACACCCCCAACACCCCCAAAGUGAACAUCAUAACAGAGCCACUCCCCCUCCCCUUAUCCCCCACGGCAGUUCUCAUCCGGGUCCACGCCGUGGCCCUCAACUACCGCGACGCAAACAUCGCCAACGGCGGGAACCCAUGGCCUGUUCUCCCCCACGGGAUCCUGGGCAACGACGCCGCCGGAGAAGUCAUAGCCACCGGGGACAAAGUGAAGACCCUGGCUGUUGGGGAUCGCGCGGCGCCAAUCACAGAUACUGAGCAGAUUACAGAGCGUGCGACGAAGCGGUCGUGGCUGGCUGCUGAUGAAGACGGGGUGAUGGCGGAUUACAUUGUUUAUGAUGAGAGUGUGCUGUGUAAACUUCCGACUUAUUUGGAUUGGGUGCAGGCGUCGAUGAUUCCUUGUGCGGGGGUUACGGCGUGGUCGGCGUUGAAGGGGAUGAGGAUAGGGCAGACGGUUUUGGUGCAGGGGACCGGGGGAGUUAGCAUGUUUGCGCUAAAGUUGGCGCUCGCGGCUGGUCUGCGUGUGAUUCUGACAUCGUCGAGUGAUACGAAGCUGAAGGCUAUUAAGGAGAAGUAUUCUGGUUCUGCUAUCUUGACAGUUAAUUAUAGGAAUACGCCGGAGUGGGAUGAAGAGGUGUUGAAGCUUACUGAUGGUGUCGGUGUGGACUUGGUGGUGGAGAAUGGCGGAACGGGAUCCCUUGUCAAAAGUAUGCGAUGUACUCGUCGUGGCGGGGUGGUCAGUCAGGUGGGAUAUCUUGGGAAGCAGGAUCCGUCUGAGCUGCGAGAGCUGGUGCCAACUCUUAUUGAUCGGAGGAUCAACCUUAGGGGCAUUAACGCGGGCUCGAAGAUUGAUAUGGAGGACUUUUGUGAGGCACUGUCGGCUUCGCAGACGCAGCUCGAUGACCUUAUUGAUAAGGUGUUUCCGUUUGAGCAAGCGGAAGAGGCUGUUGAGUAUGUUUGGCAGGGUAGGCAGGUUGGGAAGGUUGUGUUGCGUCUGUAG